AUUUUUGUUCAACAUACAAUGUAUAUAUAACUAGGAGCUCAAUGUAUUAAAAAAACAUUUGAAGGAUUACUUGACAGUUUUAUUUCAUCUGAAUAUGAGUAAUAUAGAUUUCACUGCCCUAGAGAAACAGUGAUAAAUUAUUGAGCAAGAAGCUUAUUAAGUAAACAAGAUAAACAAGAGAAAUGGAAAUUAUAAAGAGUUCAUGAUUUUGGCAAUCUCAGGAAGCAGAAUAUGCCAGGCUACACACAUCAUUGAAGGGCAUUCUCAUGAAUUAAAUGUGCAAUGUGUAAAGCUGAACAUGUAUAAGCUGUAUAUGUAUAAACUGUAUACAUAUAUAAGCUGUAUAAGCUGUAUACAUGUAUAAGCUGAAAUGUUGAUUCAUUUCCUCCACACAGAUCAGCAGGAGUGCAUCCCCUGCCUAAGUCAAGAGUACCCAAACCCUGAGAGAAACCAGUGCCUGCCCAAGACAGUGACCUUCCUAUCCAUUGAAGAUCCUCUGGGCAUGGCUCUGGCCUGCACAGCUCUUUCCUUCUCUGUCAGCACAAUUGCAGUUCUGGGAAUCUUUCUCAAACACCAAGAAUCAGCCAUUGUUAAGGCCAAUAACCGGACUCUCAGCUACAUCCUGCUCAUCUCCAUCCUCCUCUGCUUCCUCUGCUCCUUUCUUUUCAUUGGCCGUCCAAACACAACCUCCUGCAUACUGCAACAAAUAACAUUUGCACUUGUGUUCACCUUGGCUAUUUCCACCAUUUUGGCAAAAACUAUAACUGUAAUUCUGGCCUUUAAGGUCAUGAAACCAGGAAAAACAAUGAGAAGAUUGUUUGUCGCAGGUGUCUAUAAUGCUGUCAUUCCCAUCUGUGUCCUGAUCCAACUAAUUCUCUCUGGAGUCUGGCUGGGAACCUCCCCUCCCUAUAUUGACAUAGAUGAACACUCUGAACAUGCUUAUAUCAUCAUUUUAUGCAGCAAGGGCUCAGUUACUGCUUUCUACAGUGUGCUGGCAUACUUAGGGUCCUUGGCCCUAGGGAGCUUCACUGUGGCUUUCCUGGUGAGGAACUUGCCUGACACAUUCAAUGAGGCCAAGUUCCUGACAUUCAGCAUGCUGGUGUUCUGCAGUGUCUGGGUCACCUUCAUCCCUGUCUACCAGAGCACCAAGGGCAAAGCUAUGGUGGCUGUGGAGGUGUACUCCAUCUUGGUCUCCAGUGCAGGGCUGCUGGGAUGCAUCUUUUUCCCUAAGUGCUACAUUAUUCUCUUAAGACCUGAUAAGAACUCUUUGAGAUGUAUUAAAAACAAAAAAAGCUAAUAAAAAUUGAUCCUUUUGAUGUAUUAGU